CUGCAAAUCCUUAUCCUAUUCCUGUCCAAUUCAUCACUUAUUUAAAUAUAAAAAUUAAGUACUUAAAUAUUAUUCAAUAUCUUCCCCCAAUCGCAACCUCCAAAUCCCCAAACCAGAACAGAAAAAAAAGGGGAAAACAAAAAAGGCUCCGUCUUUAUUAUACCGAAAAAACCACGCCAAGGAAAAUUCCCCUUUUUAGAAUCCGAUUUCCGCUCCCACCGGUGGCCGUCAAUCCAUUCCCCCUCUUUACUGAAUCAUCAUCUCCUCCGGCGGAUUGGAUCCAAUUCGCUUUUCUUUUCACUUCGCCUGCGGCGGAUUCUCUCUUUGGUUGUUGUUGUUGUGUGACUUGGUUGCGGGUGAUCGGGGAAAUUCGCGAGGGUUUGCGGGAGAUUUGAGAUUGGGGGAUAUGCAGGUGGAGAAGGUCGGGAGGGAUCCUUCCUGUUCCAUGGGGGUGGAUUGUUUCAUGAGCAUAGCCAGGGCGUUCGGUACGUCCUGUUUCACCGAUGAAGGUUCUCGCGGCGGCGGCGGCGGCGGGCUGUCGCGGCAAUCUUCCGGGAGUAGCGCGGAAGCGGCGAGGCGGAGGAAGAAGAGGCAGAUGAUGAUGAAGAGGAGCGAUUCGAAGCUGGAGAUAUGGUUGCACAGGGUCCCUGGGAGGUUGUUCUUGAAUAGCUCGUCGGAAUUCGCCUCUCUGUUUACUAAAGCUGGGAAGAAAGGAGUCAAUCAGGAUGCCAUGGUUUUCUGGGAGAAUUUCGGCCCAAAGGAAGACACAAUGUUUUGUGGUAUUUUUGAUGGCCAUGGUCCAAGUGGUCAUCUUGUUGCGAAGAAAGUGAGGGACUCUUUGCCUUUAAAACUGAGAGCACAAUGGGAACUAGAUUGUACCAGCGGUGAGCUUGGCCUCAUGAGUGGUAAUACUGUUGGAAGAACUGCAUUAGCAGAGUGCUCACUCAAUUCAUUUCAAUCAGAAUCACCAACGGGAAACUUAGAUAAUGGAAAAAAAGACGUGCAGACCGACAUUUUUUUGACAUUUAAAGACUCAUUUUUGAAGGCCUUCAAGGCUAUGGACAAGGAACUGCAGUUGCAUCCUUAUAUUGAUUGCUACUGCAGUGGGACAACAGCAGUAACAGUGAUCAAGCAGGGGCAGGAUCUUAUUAUUGGCAACGUUGGAGACUCCAGAGCUGUGUUGGGUACAAGAGAUAAAAACAACUCCCUCUUUGCAGUUCAGUUGACUGAAGAUCUCAAACCUUCUCUUCCAAGAGAAGCAGAGAGGAUCCGAUCAUGCAAGGGAAGGGUGUUUGCUCUUCCAAGCGAACCGGAUGUUGCUAGAAUCUGGCUUCCAAACAACAACUCACCUGGUCUGGCUAUGGCCCGUGCUUUUGGUGAUUUCUGCCUGAAGGACUUCGGCUUGAUUGCGGUUCCUGAGAUUUCACACCAUCAUAUCACGGAUAACGAUGAGUUUGUUGUGCUGGCUACUGAUGGUGUAUGGGAUGUUUUGACAAAUGAUGAAGUUGUGGGGAUAGUGGGUUCGGUCCCACCAUCGAGUGCAGCUCAAACCUUGGUUGACUUAGCUCAUCGAGCUUGGAGGACUAAGUAUCCCACGUCAAAAACAGAUGAUUGUGCUGUCGUCUGCCUCUUCCUUGGCUCAUCCAGUGCCGAGAAGGUAUCGACAUCGAUGGAUUGAUUAAAUACAUCCUCUCUCAUGUUUAAAUAUGAUGAUCAUCAAUAUGCUAGAAAUUGUGGAUAUGAGUUGCCACCUUUUUGAGGCGCUUCCUGAAUUUUUUCAUUUGUUUGUGGUAUCUCUGGACAUUUUGUCCAGAGGUAUUUCCACCUUGUACUGUAAAUAAGUUUCUCUCAUCUUCUAGCCAAAAGAAGAAAGGAAAACAAAAGAGAAUAUGGAGGUAAAAGGGUUUUUGGGGGUGUUGAGUUUCUGAUGGAAGGAGGGUUCCAUCUAUUUCAGUAAAUUUUUUUGGUCAGUCGGGUAGGUGGCAAAUCAGUCUAAAUCCUUUUUUGUUUUGCUAGGACUUGUAGUAGAUUUUGGGAGGGUAAUAAGUGUUGUAUAAUCUAUGAAGUCCGUCGCUGUCGUCGGUCUCUUUGUUGUGAAGGACUGAUGAAUGAAUGAAUGAAGUUGUGGAUCUGGGGGGUGGGGGGUGGGGGAAAUCUGUAGAUUUUGAUUGUGGCCUCUGCUUAUUAGUUUGGAGGUUCUCCUCGGCUGUCUUUGUCGUCCUUGUCGAAGAUUUGUGCAGAUUGCAACCAUGGCUGCUGUCUCUUCUUCUGCAAGUUGCCAUGUUAUGGUUCCCCAUUAUGAUGUUGACAUUGUAGUAACUAUUUUGUUACAGCGAGUGGACUUACACAUUUUAAAUGAGCAUUUUCUUCUUUUUUCUUACAGAAGUUUCGACAUUUGUUUCAUUAUAACCCGUAUUUUUGCAUCAGACAGCUUUAGCUUCA